AUGAGUGCAUUGAUAGCUGAGAAUGAUAAAAAGAAGGAUAAAUCACUAAACAAAAUGUUGGCACUGCGAGAGGAGGUCAGAGGGAUGUAUGAUCAGGGUGGGAAUGAGGAUGAAGAUUGUGAAAUUGUUGAGUUUUCUCCUGUAGCAAGUGGAAGCUCUCAACUUCCUAAGAAGCCUAUGAUCAAGGGUAAAAUGGAUAGGUAUCGUGCACGGCCAGGAGCAGGGAAACAAACAAUGAUGAGUGUUAAUUACAAGAUCAAAGAAGCAAAGACAACUUAUGAUUAUAUCUGCGAGUUCAUCAUUGAGGGUGCCCUUGCACAUAAUCUUGCUAGUCUUAAAUCAUUUGCUCGAAUGGUGGAAGCAAUUGGACAGUUUGGUCCAGGAUUGAAGCCACCGACACCUUAUCAGCUUGCCAGUCCUUUGUUGAAGAUACAAGUUAGCAAGGUAGAUGAAAUGUUGAAGGUCCAAAAGGAGGCAUGGGUUGCUACUGGAUGCUCUAUAAUGACUCAUGCUUGGACAGAUCGAAGAGGAAGGAGCUUAAUGAAUUUGGUUGCCCAUUCUUCUAGAGGCAUGUGUUUCCUCCGUGCCAUUAAAGCUUCAAUGGAGGUUCACGAUGCCAAGUUCAUCUUCAGCUUGGUCAUGUCUUGCAUUUCUGAAAUUUGUGCUGAAAAGAUUGUUCAAGUAGUCACGGACAAUGCAAGUAACAAUAUUGCAGCAGCCAAAUUACUUAAGCAGAAGCAUCCUCAAAUAUUCUGGACCUCAUGUGCGGCCCACACAAUCAACCUAAUGCUCCAAGACAUUGGAAAUAUACCCAUAGUCAGCUCAACAAUUACCAAUGGUAAGACCAUCACAAUUUUCUUUUAUGCACACACUAGAUUGUUGGCUAUUCUUCGCAAGUAUGCCAAAGGUGAUUUAGUCAGAGCUGGUGCUACUCGAUUUGCAAGUCACUACUUGAACUUGAAGAGUUUGUAUGGGAAGAGGAAGCAGCUGAAGCUAAUGUUUGCAUCAAAUGAUUGGGCUGGCAGUAUUUAUGCUAAGAAGCCAUUGGGCAAACGUGUGUACAAGCUCGUAAUGGACAAUAAGUUUUGGGCCAAGAUAAACCUGCUAGUGAAUUAUUUUGAGCCACUUGCCAAUGUGCUUAGGCGGGUUGAUGGAGACACUCCAGCCAUGGGGUUCUUAUAUGGUGAUCUUCUCCAAGCAAAGCAGGAAAUAGUAGUCCGGCUCAACCAUGUUGAGAAAAAAUAUGGUCCUAUUUGGGAGAUCAUAGAUAGAAGGUGGGAUAACAAGAUGAAAACAGCACUGCACAAAGCUGGUUAUUUUUUGAACCCUUUCUUCUACUAUGAUAGACAGAGUGAAAUGGCUGAAGAAGAUUUCAUGGAAGCAGUCAUAGAGUGUGCAUCUGUUAUGUACAAAAAUAACAUAGAGGUGCAAGACAAUAUUGUCUCCCAGCUUAGUUAUUAUACUGAAGCCAUAGAUUCAUUUGGAACUGACAUGGCCAUUAGACAACGCAAAGUAGCAACUAUCACUCCUGCAAGAUGGUGGACCGUGCAUGGAACUUCUGCAAAGGACUUGAAGAAGAUGGCUAUUAGAAUCUUGAGCUUAACUUGCAGUUCUUCGGCAUAUGAAAGAAAUUGGUCUGCAUUUGAGAGGGUACAUUCAAAGAAGAGGACCAGACUAGGCCAGAAGAAGUUGAAUGAUCUUGUUUAUGUGAUGUUCAAUAAGAGGCUGGACUCCAAGUACUCUGAGAGGGAAAGGGACCCACUGCUUGCAAAAUACAUUGAAGACGAGCCACCAAAUGAGUGGAUGUUGGAUGAAGAGCUACUACAAGAUGAUGAGUCAUCUGAAGAUGAAGCUGAAAUUGACAUCAAUUCAAAGGGGAAACAAAAAUCUGUAGCUUCAAGAACUAGAGGCAAAAGAGCUCGUACAAAUCAAGAUGUUGAAGAUGAGGAGGAAGUGGCAGAAGAAGAGGAAAUGGAAGAAGAGGAUGAGAACCAAGAAGCUGAUGAGGACAAUGAUGAAGACCAAGAAGUGGACAUCGAUCUGACUGUUGAAGAUGAAGAGGAUGGUGAAUGA